AUGUCUUCGCCGGAAAAAUCCGAAUCCCGGAAAAUAAACAACAUAAUAAUCCCUACAUUAGAAACAAUAAUAAAAAAUGGGUCAUGGCUCAAACAUUCCAAACUCGUUAGUAACUCCAAAUCCGUACUCUCACACAUUACUUCCGCCCGUUCUUCUCUCAAAACUAAUAAAUCCGACAUUUCGGGCGUGUUACACGAUUCCGGUUCGAAAGAACUAACGUUCGCCGAAUCCGAAUUCAUUUUGUCUCCAAUUAUCAGUGCUUUAGGUUCAGAAACGGUUAAGAUAGUCGAAUCGGCUUUAGAUUGUGUACAAAAACUGAUUAGUAACGGUUGCUUACGUGGCGAAGCGGAUAUAUCGGGUGGGCCAGAUGGAAAGUUGUUAGGGGAGGUUAUUGAAAAGGUGUGUAAGUGUAGUGAGUUAGGUGAUGAAGGAGUGGAGCUUUUGGUUUUGAAGACGGUUUUGUCGGGCGUGACGUCGGUUUGGUUAAGGAUAGUUGGGGAAAGUUUGUUGAGGAUAGUUAGGACUAGUUAUGAUAUUUUUUUAGAUAGUAAGAAUGUGGUGAAUCAAACUACGGCUAAGGCGAGUUUGGUUCAGAUGCUUUUGAUUGUGUUUAGGAGAAUGGAGGCUGAUUCGGUUAGGGAGGUAGUUGAGCCUAUUGUGGUUGCGGAAAUGAUGGGAAGGGGCGAGAAAGGAGACGACGAGGGCGUGGGUUUGUUUGUUCAAGGGUUUAUAAGUAAGGUUAUGCAAGGGAUGGAUGGGGUAAUGAAUCCGGGUAGUGGAGAAGGUAAUGACGUGGCGUUUGAGAUGAAAACGUCGACAGUGGAUUUGAGUAAUCCGGGUGAUGUGUUGGAUUUUAGUACCGAUAAGGAUAUGUUGGAUGCGAAGUAUUGGGAGAUUAGUAUGUACAAAAAUGCGUUGGAGGGACGGAAAGGAGAAUUAUUGAUGGACGGUGAUCAAAGAGAUGAUGAUGAUGAUGUAGAGGUUAAGAUUGAGAAUAAGUUGAGAAAAGAUGCUUUUUUGGUGUUUCGAGCUCUUUGUAAGCUUUCAAUGAAGGCCCCUCCGAAAAAGGCAAUGGCAAACCCACAACUAAUGCGAGGAAAGAUUGUUGCCUUAGAGUUGCUUAAGAUAUUGUUGGAAAAUGCAGGGUGUGUCUUUCGUACUAGUGAAAGAUUUUUGGGUGCCAUUAGACAGUAUUUGUGCGUGUCGCUAUUGAGGAACAGUGCAUCAACCCUUAUGAUCAUUUUUCAACUAUCUUGUUCAAUUUUAUUUAGCCUUGUGUCAAGAUUUAGAGCUGGACUGAAGGCAGAAAUUGGAGUCUUUUUUCCUAUGAUUGUUCUCAGAGUUUUAGAGAAUGUUGUCCAACCCAACUUUCAGCAGAAAAUGAUUGUACUGGAGUUUCUUGAAAGGCUCUGUAUUGAUUCACAGAUCUUGGUGGAUAUAUUCCUCAACUACGAUUGUGAUGUUAACUCAUCUAACAUAUUUGAGAGAAUGGUUAAUGGACUUCUAAAAACCGCUCAAGGGGCCCCACCUGGUGUCACCACAUCACUUUUACCACCGCAAGAUGUGACCAUGAAGCUCGAAGCUAUGAAGUGUUUGGUGGCUAUUUUAAAGUCAAUGGGGGAUUGGAUGGACAAACAAUUGCGCAUUCCUGAUCCUCAUUCUCCAAAAGCUGAGUACAAUCAUGAAAUUAGAAAUUUGCAAAUGGAAAACGGGGCUGCAGCUGAACACGAGCCUGCUGAUGUAUCAGAUUCUCUUUCUGAUGCCUCAUCUGAAAUUUCAGAUGCUUUAACAAUUGAGCAACGCCGUGCUUACAAGCUUGAACUUCAGGAAGGUAAAUCACUGUUUAACCGGACACCUAAAAAGGGCAUUGAGUUCUUGAUCAAUGUGAAAAAAGUAGGAUCUUCCCCUGAAGAAAUCGCAGAUUUCUUAAAGAAUGCUUCUGGUUUGAACAAAACCAUGAUUGGUGAUUAUUUGGGGGAACUGGAAGAUAUAUCGCUGAGAGUAAUGCAUGCAUAUGUAGAUUCAUUUGACUUUCUAGAUAUGGAGUUUGAUGAUGCUAUCAGAACCUUUUUAUGGGGCUUUAGGUUGCCUGGUGAGGCACAAAAGAUUGAUCGGAUUAUGGAAAAGUUUGCUCAACAUUAUUGCAAAUGCAAUCCAAAGGCAUUCGUCAGUGCGGAUACAGCCUAUGUUCUUGCUUACUCUGUUAUAAUGCUGAAUACUGAUGCUCACAAUCCCAUGGUGAAGAAUAAGAUGUCAGCUGAUGAUUUUAUAAGAAUCAAUCAUGGUGUAGAUGAUGGGAAAGAUUUGCCAGAGGAGUAUCUGAGAUCAUUAUUUGAGCGGAUAUCAAAAAGUGAGAUCAAAAUGAAAGAAGAUGAUUUAGCCCUUCAACAAAGACAUUCUGUUACUUCAAACAAGAUUUUGGGUCUGGACAACAUAUUGAAUAUUGUAGUGCGCAAGAGAGGUGGAGAAAAUCAUACCAAUGAAGAUCUUAUGCGGCAAAUGCAAGAACAGUUUCAAGAGAAAGCACGGAAAUCUGAGUCAGUUUAUCAUGCCGCUACAGAUAUGUUUAUGCUGAAGUUCAUGAUAGAGGUAUGCUGGGCUCCUAUGCUAGCCGCCUUUAGUGUUCCUCUUGACCAAAGCGAUGAUGUGAUGGUCAUUGCUAAAUGUUUCGAAGGCUUCCAGCAUGCAAUUCAUGUUACAGCAGUGAUGUCCAUGAAGACUCAUCGGGAUGCUUUUGUAACCUCACUAGCAAAGUUUACUUCCCUUCAUUCACCAGCAGAUAUAAAACAAAGAAAUAUUGAUGCAAUCAAGCUUAUAGUUACUAUCGCAGAAGACUAUGGGGAUUACUUGCAGGAGGCAUGGGAGCAUAUUCUAACGUGUGUCUCUCGGUUUGACAAUUUGCAUCUUUCGAGGGAUGGGUUACCUCCAGAUGCUACCUUCUUUCCCAGUAAUCAGAAUGAAUCAGGAAAGUCAAAACAGAAAAAGUCAAAUAUUCUUCCGGUUCUUAAAAAAAAGAGGGCUGGGAGAAUUCAGCAGGCAUCUGUAGCAAUGCGAAGGGGUUCAUAUGACAGUUCUGACAUUGGCGGCAAUAAUUCUGCUGGUAUUACAUCAGAACAAACACAUUAUUUGGUCUCAGAGUUAAAUUUAUUGGAACAAGUUGGUGAAAUAAAUCGUAUAUUUGCAAGGAGUCAGAACCUUAACAGUGAGGCAAUAGUUGACUUUGUGAAGGCACUUUGUAAGAUAUCCAUGGAAGAGCUACAAACUACAGCUGAACCACGAGUGUUCAGUCUAACAAAGAUAGUUGAAAUUGCGCACUAUAACAUGAACCGUAUCCGGCUUGUUUGGACAAAUAUAUGGAAUGUACUCUCUGAAUUUUUUGUGAACAUUGGCUGUUCGGAUAACCUGUCAAUUGCGAUAUUUGCAAUGGAUUCCUUACGCCAGUUGUCUAUGAAAUUUUUGGAGAGGGAAGAGUUAGCUAAUUAUAACUUUCAGAACGAGUUUAUGAAACCAUUUGUGAUUGCUAUGGGCAAAACUAGUGCCGUGGAAAUCAGAGAGUUAAUAAUCAGAUGUGUCUCCCAAAUGGUUCUAUCUCGUGUCAAUAAUGUCAAGUCUGGAUGGAAAAGCAUGUUCAUGGUCUUCACCACAGCAGCUUAUGACGAUCACAAAAAUAUAGUUUUCCUCGCCUUUGAAAUAGUUGAGAAGAUAGUUCGGGAUUAUGUCCCAUGUAUAACUGAGACAGAAACCACUGCUUUUACAGAUUUUGUAAAUUGUCUGAUUGCAUUCACCAAUAAUAGAUUUAACAAAGAUAUCAGUCUUAGUGCUAUUGGAUUCUUGCGGUUAUGUGCUGCAAAAUUAGCAGAAGGAGAUAUAGGCUUUUCAAUGAAUAAAGAGAAAAAAGCUUCAGAAAUAGUCGGAUCACCACAUCAUGUGCAAUCUCCACAUCAAGGAAACACCAUGAAGUAUGAAAUUGACGAGCUGCCAGACAAGGAAGACCAUCUACACUUCUGGUUUCCAUUAUUAGCUGGGCUCUCUGAACUUAGCUUUGACCCAAGGUCUGAAAUUAGGCAAAGUGCGCUUCAAGUACUCUUUGAUACAUUAAGGAAAUAUGGUCAUCACUUUUCUCUACCACUGUGGGAAAGAGUGUUUGAAUCUGCUUUAUUUCCAAUACUUGAUCAUAUUCAACAUUCUAUUAAUCCUUCUAAUGAUACUUCACCCAGACAGGGGGUUGAUGGCAAUGAUGAACCUGAUCAAGACUCUUGGCUCUAUGAAACAUGCACACUUUUACUCCAGUUGGUAGUGGAUCUUUUUGCUAGUUCUUACACUAUAGUAAAUCCGCUUUUGAAAAGGGUGUUGAUAUUACUAGUAGAUUUAAUGAAGCGUCCUCAUCAAAGCCUUGCUGGCAUAGGUGUUGCUGCAUUUGUUCGGUUGAUUAGAAAUGCUGGAGAGUUGUUUUCUGAUGAUAAGUGGCUUGAAGUCGUUUUAACUCUAAAGGAAGCAGCUAAUGCAACGCUUCCUGAUUUCUCGUUUGCUCUUAAUAAUGAGAUUACUUCUGUUAACCAGGAAGAUGGUUUGACAGAUGUAAAAUCUGCCAAAUCUAGUUUGCAGGAUGAAGAUCUAGAAAAACGGCAGAGGAUGCGUUUGUACACUUCCAUUUCUAAGGUUCAAUGUCGUGCUGCUGUCCAACUUCUGUUGAUACAGGCAAUAACAGAGAUACAGAAUAUGUAUGGGCCUCAGCUGUCAGUUAAGAAGACCAUGAUUCUUUUCCUUGCAGUACGUGAAGUGGCAAGCCAUGCUCACAAGAUAAAUACUGAUAUCACAUUACGCUCUAAACUACAAGAACUCGGACAUAUGACACAUAUGCAGGAUCCUCCCUUGUUAAGUCUUGAAAAUGAGUCCUAUCAAAUCUGCCUCACCAUUAUAGAGAAAUUUAGUGCGGAAAGGCCACCAUUCUAUGAGGAUUCAGAAGUUGACAGUUUCCUUGUUGACCUAUGCCAUGAAAUCUUGAAAUCCUAUGUUGAAAUAGCUCAUCCUGCACACAUGCUUCCUUUGUUUCCUAACCACCAACCCUAUUGGCUGAUUCCUUUAGGCUCGGGAAAAAAGCGAGAAUUGUCUUCUCGUGGGCGCCUAGUUGUCACUACUCUACGGACUAUGUGUAAAUUGGGAGAUUCUUUGUUUGAAAAGAACCUCACACGCUUUUUUCCUCUGAUUACAAGCUUGAUAAGAUGUGAGCAUGAGUCAAGUGAGGUUCAGGUAACCCUUAGUGAGAUGCUUAGCUCCUCGGUGGGUCCUGUUCUGCUUCGGUUAUGUUGAAACACGGUAUCUUUAUAUUACUAUUGUUCAUGUUUAGAGAUUUUUUACUAUUUAUUUUUUAACUUGUUUUACCUUAUUUAUAGCAUAUAUAGUCCUGUUCUUGGGCAUAGAAUCUAUUUAGAGUCAACAGAGUUGAUAAGGAAUUUUAUGUAUAGUAGUCAGUUGUAUGAUCUUCUAGUCUUGAAUAACAUUUCAUGUAAUGAGAGUUGGAA